AUGGAGUGGAUUUUUCUAAGAAUUCUCGCAGUAUUCUGUACUUUAAGGACGGUCUGUUUUGCCGCAAACGGUGAUUUUACAUCAAGAACCUGUCAGCUACCAAAAUUUACUGGAAAGGGCUAUGUAGCAUUUACUGGAGAAAUAACGAGGCUGUUUCUUGAGAAAAAUAACCACAUAACAGCUCGAGUUUACGUGCGAAAUGUAUUUCGCAGGGACGCGCAUUUAGGUAGCGUUUCCGAUAUAAAUGCCAUCGAAAGAGCGUCAUCUUGUGAUCACCGACACAAACUGGAAGACGUGAGACUUUGGGUUGCUAAACGGCACUCCAGCGGAUUUUUGACCGCAGUUGCUUCUUUGCCUGUCACGAUGAAUAUGAUAGAUGAAGUCCUCAGAGCACUCCCAGGUACGGAAUACUAAUAGAAUAACUCGCGCAUUGGUAUGCGAUUUCUCUAAAAUAACACGGCUAUGCGCUGUUGACUUAUGUAAUAUCGAAUGUGAGAGAUAACCUUCGCCCAAUUUUAUUGCAUUGCAUUCAAAAUUUGUCAUUCCUUAUUCCUUACUCAUCCACGUUCGAACUUUGUUUCAAAAAUGAUAGUUUUUAAAAUUUUGUCUGGUUACGAUUUUUUUAAACAUUGCCAAAAAGGUCGCACGAAAAAACCAAAAAGUUUUAAUCUAGAGACGCAUGUUUAUGUACCCUGUGAGUAACUGAUCCUUACACGAUUCAGCGAAAGAGGUCAGGGACUGUCUAUAAAGGGCGACUGCACCCAAUCCGCAAAUUAUGGAUAACUUUGAAUGAGUCGUUCAGUCUAUCGUCGUUGAUAGAGUUUUUUUAAAACGGAAACUGAGAAUCUUGGCAUAUGAUGAAUGGCAGCGGCUAAGGGAUUGAAGGUUUGAUCGGAAAUUACAGUGGCUUCUUGAUUGUUAAGAAAAUUGGAAAUUUUAGGGCUGCAUGGCAGCGGCUAAGGGAUUGAAGGUUUGAUCGGAAAUUACAGUGGCUUCUUGAUUGUUAAGAAAAUUGGAAAUUUUAGGGCUGCAUGGCAGCGGCUAAGGGAUUGAAGGUUUGAUCGGAAAUUACAGUGGCUUCUUGGUUGUUAAGAAAAUUGGAAAUUUUAGGGCUGCAACGGUCAAAUCUUGUGACUUCCACCAUAUAAAAUAUAAUAACAAAAUAUCACACUUUUUCCUCAAAGUCUUCAAAUAAUGAGUGAUUAAUUAACUGUCACAGUUACUGUAUAGUAAUGCAACGUGCCUUCGGAAGCAGAAACGAAAUACAGAAUUAACGACAAAAUAAAUAUGUAACUACAUAUGCAUCAAUGUGAAAGAUGACCUUUUCUUUAAACAUUGGAAAAAAUGAGAUAUGGACAUUCGAGAAUAUCAGGAAAUCUCGCCGGAAGUGAAGAUACAAUUGAUAUUGCAUCAAGCUAUGAAUUAUUCAUUUGAUCAGGCACACAUUAUUUGCAUUCUAAAAGCCUCUCGCUGAUUGCAUCCUUUUUGAAAGGUUUCAAAAUUUUUGUUGUAAGGAAACGUAAUAAUUUCUGUAUUGUUUGAACUGACUCAGUACACUCUUACAGAUUGCCGAUGAACGAGAAGUGUUCAGCUACUCACAGGUCUCAAUUUUUUUUUUUUUUGCCUCAGGCUAUAAAUUUCAUGCAAAGAGGAUAAAAAUAAGCGUGAAACGGGAAACAUGCUGUCUUUCCUGUCUUGUUUACAUCAAAACAAAUUCUUAGCAGAGGUGAAGCGCGUAUGAAGUUCCCCCCCCCCUUCUUUCCCGCUUUGUGACCAGGUAUAUUACAAUGCGAUCUGGGAACGAGACCAAAGACGUGUGCGUAUGGGAUAAGAGGCUUAGCAAACGGGUGGGUCAGAUUAGGAUCAUAGUUUGGUUUUUUAUCUAUGUCAAACUAAAUAUUGAAAAGCCAUUUUGAAGCCAUCGUUUCAAACUUCGUGAUGCAGAAAAAUAUAAUAAAAUUUCUUUCUAAAAUCGAAAUUUUGACGUGUGCUAGUUGGCGUAUAGAUCAUAUCUUGGAUACAGGAUCUUCAUUUGCGUGAUACAGAAAACUUCAGAUUGUCUUUUUUUCGCACGUUUUCUCAGCGAAGAUUCUAGUCAGGGAGAACAGUCUAAGGGUUGCAUGCCAGGAUUAUAUAUUCUUUUUGACUCAAAGUCCUCCGUAAUUGCAGCGUUUAAACUUGUCAUUAGAGAUCAGACCUGAUCAAGCGCUUUUGAGACUAAAACAGACUUUAAGCCUUACUGGGGUGGUAUAUAAAACACAGUUAGUGUUAAUUUUUUUUAAUCUUCUGAAAUGCCGCCGUGCUAUCCAUACGCAAAAAGAUAUUCCUGAUCUCAUUUCACCUCUUCUGUAACAAUAUCUUAAAAUUAUCUUUGUUUAUUUUUUGUCCUUCCGACGAUAAGUCGUGUUAACACGAAUGUUUUAAUUCCUCCGGUGGUGGUAAGUAUCAAUCGUGUUUCAAAAAAGCAAAACUUGCGCGCAAAUACGUAAUCCUCUUAGCUCCUACUUUUUUAAACUAAACUCAGCGGCGGAGUGAACUCAGUUUCGGCAAAAGAGAAAAUCAUUCCAUUGAAACGAAGGGUUUCUUUUCGAAACCAGGCUGAACAAUAUCGAAUGUUUCUUAUUAUUAUUUCCUUGACCUGCCUAUGUCUAUGUUCUAUGUGCGAAAUGUAAAUCACUGUUAAGUAAGAGACCCCUCUCAUGGUUUAUCAUUAAAGUCGCCUUUGAACCAAACGUACACUUUUCAGGCGCGAGCACGGAAGCUCAAAAAUGACUGAGUAGUUUGCGAUUGAAAUCUUACAUAAACAGUAAUUAGUUUGUUUAUAGAAAUCAUAGCUUUAUCCAAGGCAAAUUUUUGCAUGGACUGAACCAAGCGUUGCGUGCGCGCAAAUAGUUGAUAAUGAGAGACUGCAGCUUAUCAUGCCCCGAUAAGCUGUGGUGGUAACAUUUUUUUAUUAAAGAGGUGAUUGGUAAUCAAUUGCUGCGUGUACACAUAACUGCCGGGCCUUAAAUUACUUCCUGAGGGGAUGUACGUGGGUUUAAGGACGGUGAGGAGGGGUAGUUAAGUCCAAGAAAGCUGAUAACCAGACUAAACAAAAAUUAAGUCCCUCGUAACGAGCCAUGGCAGUUUUGAGCUAAAUGUACGUUUUCAUUUUUUAGUUUUUCAAUAUUCUUUGAAACAUCAUGAUAAAUCUAAUGGGGAAGUUACGUUAUAAAAUUUCACAUAGGGAAAGCCCAAGUAGGGCAGCCCAAGAACGUUUUAAGUCUAAUAAGUGUGGUUAUAAUGACAGUUUAUGAUAUGAUUCGCGCCUUUUCAAACGGUCAAUAGAGAUUAUAUCGAGUUAUACAAGCCAGAUGCAAUGUGGCAGGGGUGGCCGGGGUAGUAGUUUUUCUGAUGCAGGAUGUACAAUUUUCUUAUUCUCAGAUGAUUCUUUCGACAAUGGCAAAUUGUUAGCUUUCCAACAAGGGAUAGAACCAUGCAACGAGAGUAACUGUCGAUAUGGCGGAGUGUGCGAAGAAGAUUCCAACGGGCGUUCUCAGUGUCUGUGCAGGAUAUACUGUGCCAGACAGUAUGAUCCAGUUUGUGGAACUGAUGGUAAGACGUACAACAACCCAUGCCUCAUGAGAGCGGCUAGCUGUCAGUAUCAGAGGGAUAUCACGCGACUUCGUUACGGGAAGUGUGGUAAGUUUGAGAGCUGGUACAUGGUCCGAAGCUCGUGAUGCAGGAGCUCUUCCCUUUGAAGCGCGUUAGCGGAGCCCCUUACCUAAGGAAAAGUUGAUCAACCUCGGGAAAAACACGCCGUGACUUGACGGUUUACAUCUGUAUGAAAAUUGCAUUUCGCGUAAGCGAGAAGCUGGAAGAAACGACGUCGGACAAUGCAACUUCAGGGAAAUUUUAUCACACCAAAGGGCAUCAAAAUUUUAAGCAAUUCGAGUCCCCGUUUAAGGCUGGCUAAAUCUUUAUAUCAUUCCUUAGCCCAGGGUUAGCUCAAUGAAAUGGAAGUAGUUUCAUCUUGGUUAUUAAGUCCCACAAUCACAUUAAAGAGUGAUUUCUUCCCAGGUUUUCACCCUCCAUACGUAGCAGUAAGAGAUUAUAAUCUCUUAAUACUAAUUGGAAGAACCCGGGAAUGAAUCUCUACAGCUGUUGCCGACUUAUUUUCAUCUUAAAGGGGCCAUGAAACAGUGUAGGCAUCAACAUCGACCUUUUUCUACCGCUAGCUUCGAAAUGCUCAGAUGUAAUAUUAGGGCGAUAUACAAAUAAGUUGUAGGCUUCCUUCUUUACUCGCAGAAUUUCAAGGCCAGAGGAAUUUUCUUGGGUGUGGCAUAGCCAAAAAUGACUUCAGUGGAAGCCCUCUAACUAGAACUCCCAUAACUCGAGCCCCUGGUAACUUUAACAAGAUCCGAUUUCCCUUGACACAUUUUUCUGUCAUUUGCUAUCAGCUAACUCGAACCGUCGCUAAUUCGAACCAUUUUCUGUUUCCCUCAGGAGUUUGAGUUAGCGGGGUUCUACCAUUGCAAGAAAACUAUUUACAGAGUAGUUGUUAUUCGCCUUUAAACUUUGCAGGUGCUACGAGUUGUCUUGGGUUGAAAAAUGCCGGUGUCGCCGCCACAGAUGGUGAAUAUCUCAUAUAUGUACGCUCAAAGUGUAACACGCCAAUGAAAGUCUAUUGUCACGGUAUGAAUACUAGUACCCCCAAGGAAUUUGUCACGUUGCCAGCCGGAGUUCAGAACAAUUACGCCUAUAUUUACGCCAAAAGGCUGCCUCACAGACCUUAUUCCGCAAGGUAUCGAUGUUCAGGAAAACCCGGACCUAUGAAUUACACCGAAGCUGGAUUGACGAAGUUCCGCAAAGUUCGUGUGGAUCUCACGAGAAUGGCGAUCAUCCCCGACGAUUAUACGUUUGCUAAGUCGGAUCCUUUCGGCAGGAGAAUCGCGUAUGGAACAGCUGGUGACUGUUUCUCAAUGCAUUUUGGUGGUAACUGCAGAAGGGGACACUUUAAAAUUGACCUUACUCGUACAGGCCUGCGCUUGAAGUCGUCUACUGAGUGGCAGGCGCUUGGCUUCCCACCAGGAAUAGAAAUGCAUGAGUACAAAAAAUCUAAGGAUGGUACAAUGGUGUCUGCUAAGUGCGGAGGAUGGUGCGGACGAUGUAGACCUAAUGGAGAAAUGUUACUUGAGCAGACUGUCUGCAAGCAAGAAGAAAGUAAGCCGAUAUCUUCCAUUAAUAUACCCUGAAUUAAAAUUAUAUAGUUUGUAACGUCACCGAAGCUUUUGUUAGUGGUUAAACUUUUUUUUUUCAAUUUAAUGCGUUUUUUUUAUGUUUUUAAAAAACAUCGAUUUCCAUUGAAAACUGUUUUUUUUUUCGUGUAGCUCAGGGUAGCACUUGGUUAUGUACCUACCCUUCUUUAUUCCGGACAAAUCCUUGUUUCACUGAAGUUCCAGUCCAGUUUUUCCCAUGAAACCCGAGAGAGACUGGGAGCUCUAAAAGUCAUACAUGAUGGCAGUGUGUUUUGCCAAUGUCGUGUCUUGCGGUUUUAUUAUUUUUUUCUUAAGAAAGGCUUCAUUCUAUCCUCGAAUCAGUUUGUUGGGAUUCAGGUUUGAUUGGUCAAAUAUAUUGAAUGUUUCGAAUUUUUAACUUGGAAUCAGAGGAUGUAAUAUUGCGAAACAUGAAAGACCAUACCCAGAAAAAAAAUCACUCUCAGGAAAGAUCUUGCAAUAAAUAUUUUCAAACGCUGUAUUUUCAGCUUUACUCAAUACAUUUUCUUUGUUAUAACGUUAUACUAUUGACCCAAUGAAAAUCUUAUAAUCGCACUCACUUUUUCUCGAUUAUCCCAUUUUCUAUUUGAUGUUGCUGAAAGAUCACUAUUAUGUACUAACUAAUUCAAUGUUUCCUUUUCUUAGAUCCCUGCCAGUCUAUUGUAUGCGAAUUCUACUCUAUUUGCCGCCGAUCCAUAGAUGGUUACAGCCAUGUGUGUGAAUGUCCUUCGAACUGCUCCAAAGGGAAUUCACCGGUGUGUGGAAGUGAUGGAAAGACUUAUGAGAAUGAAUGUGAACUUCAAAGGGAAUCUUGCACCAAGAGAAAAACGAUUAAAGUUAAAACCAUGACAGCAUGUGGUAUGUACCUCAUUAGAAUUACGUUCUCUUCACUCUUUGGUUCGAUUUGGGUUUGAUUAAAAUGAAAAGAAACCUCUUGCGUUUUCUCAUACGACCUUCAUUUUAGUGUCAUUUAGCAUUGGUAAGGGAAAGGGGUUGGUUUGGGCAAGGGGAUAGACUUUGGUGAAGUUUGAGGGUUGAGAGGUGAGAUGUCUAAAGUGAGAGUUCAGAGGUCAGGGGUCAAACAGGAGGGAUAAAUUGUAGGAUUUCCUUGCUAAGACAAUCUGUUAGAGGAGAAUAUACUCCAAAAAAAAUCCUAACCCUGUCCCAGACUUGGUGUUUCCUCAUGCAUUUUUUCAAUAAUCCUUUACAUCCUAACAUCAGUUUGCAUAUUUGAAUUGUUUAAUAAUCAAGGGUUUUAUUAGUUGCUGAUCAUUUCCUUAAUUCUUAUGACCCUAAUGCUUGAUUGAAGGGUGAUAUUGUAAGAAGAAUUUAGAUGCAAGUCACUGUUUUGGGUGUAAAGGUUAAAGUGGAUUUUCAAGCAAGCUGAGCUGCAGUUUAAGCAAUUGCAGAAAAGAAGCCUGAUUUAAACCUGUUCCUCCUGAAGACUAGUUGGGUGUUUCCUAUGUGUACCAACUGAGCUAUGAGGCCACAGUUGGGAGCAGGGCUCAUGUUGCAUUUAUAAAAAUGGUCUUUGAUAUUAGACUGAUCUGCUUUUAGGAGUAAAACAGCCUGUUCACCUCAUGUUUGGCAUUGAUACUGCAACGAUGAAUGAGCCCAAGUAUGUCCUGAAAAUCAAAGAAUUCUACAAGGAACUUGGAAACAGAUUCCGCAUCCCUGAACAAGGAAUAGCUCAUGGAUUUUUGAAGUUUGAUCUAAGUGGCACAGCAAAGAUGGAUUUUGUAACAUUUUACAACUAUGUUACCUUACCUGCAUAUAUCAAUGCACUGCAGAGCAUUGACAAAAAGACAACACUGGAUGAGGCAAUGAGAGAUUCUGUUCCUGGUCUCUUGUAUAGGGUGGAGUAUGAUAACAGAUUGAGAUAUAGUCAGUUCCCCAAGGUAUGGCAUUUACAUGUUUUCCUGGUAUAGUUUGUGCUUGAAUUUAAUGGAUAGCUGUUAGUAAGAGCAAGUAGUUGUUAAAAAAUCUGCUUCCUUCAUCUUGUUUUAUUCAAUUAGGAAGAAAAAAUAGCACAAAUUGAAAUUCUAUCAAAGAAAUUUUCAAUUUUUCAGUGGAAUCAAAUACAUAAUUUACCUGUAACAGGUUUAGGUGUGUCAAUCAAUUCCACAUGCAGAAAUUUCUUAGAAGUUUGUUUAAAUUUCAUGGAAUGCUUGGGGUAACAGCAAAAAGCAUUAUAGUACUGUUUAGAAGACUGCAGCAGUAGUGGCAAGUUGAAACAAAAAACAUUAAAAAGAGUUAACUUGACUGAUUAAGAUAAACAAACUGUAAACAAACAAUGAAUACAAAUGAAGCAAAAAUGUAAAAAAUGCUUACAUUUAUAACACCUAAUAUAUAACCGCAAAAAAAUGGACCUCUAAAACAGAGAAUUGUGCUAAGUGUGACUAUUGGUUAAUUGACUUAAAAAGUGAUUAUGUGUUAAAGGAACUGGCUUUAAAUACAAGAGGACUCUGAAAUAAUGUGCGGUGUGUGUAACUGACAAAGAGAAAUGCUAAAAAUCUUUAAAAAAAGACACUAAUGAGGAGGUAUGAAAAAAGGAAAAGAACAAAAAAAAUAAUUAGCAAGCUCUUAGAUCUUACACUUGGGCAUUUUAACACUUGGGAGGCUAUUGAUUGAAGGCAGUUAUUUGCAGGUCUUUGGCUUGUGGCUAAUGAUGAGUGAGAAAAUUUGCUAUUAUACUGAUUAUUUCUUUUACUUUCAGGCUAUUGUGCUGAUAACUGAUGGAAGUCGUGUGACUUAUCCUCAAGGCCUCAUAGACAUGUCCAAUGCAUUAAAGGAUGCAGGAAUCAAAGUAGUAGUGCUUCUUGUUGGAGAUGAAGAUAAUGGACUUGAUAAUGUGAAAUCCAUUGCUUCAGGGGAGGAUUUCAUUUUGACCGUAGGGUCACUGAAUCGACUGAGAGUGAUGUUACAACCAACUGUGGACAAGAUAUUAAAAGGUAACUCGUCUAUCAUUGUUUUAAAGAUCUUAUUUUGAUGGGAAAUUAUUUAGGAAAAGUGCAAGGUUAGUGAAGUGGUCUGCUGAAGAAACUUUCCCCAUAGGGAGAUUUCUCUAUCGGUAAUAGAACUGAGUGAUUAAUAAUUUGUUUGAGAUCACUUGUGUGGUUUGGAAAUCAAACUAGUGCACCACAUAAGCUUGAAUUAAAAAAGCAAGUAACUAUAAAGUUGAACUGCCUCUAUAAUACAGGCCAUUGGUCAGUAUCAAUAUUUUAUUGAUCUAACCACCAAAAAAAAACCAGAAAGAAAAAAAAAGGGCGCAAAAUCGGAGAUCUGACUGGUUGUCUUGUUUUAGUGUUUCUCUCUCAUUGAGCAGGAGAGAGGAGCAAUUUUUAGCAAAAGUUUCACUACAUGUCAAGUUUGCCAUGUUUUAAUCUCGUAUUACAUUGUCUUUCCCAGAUCUUGACGAUUGUCGCUGGAAACGUUGUCAUUUCUACUCAAAGUGUGUCAAAGGUGAUGUGGCAAAAUGUGAGUGCAACCUGGUGCCUAGUAAUGUCAACCGCCCAGUCUGUGGCUCGGAUGGUCAGACUUACAAAAACCUGGUUGCCCUGCAACUGGUGGCUUGUCAAGAACAAAGGUGGAACAAAGGUGGAUUGUGCUACGAGACAUACAGCAAAAAGAUAGGAAGGUGCUAUUAAUGGUAAGUUUAUAUCCUAUUUUUGGCAAUUAGAAUUUUUUGUCAUCCGUGUGGUUUGUUAUAGUCAUUAUUGACGCAAAAAUCUUAUUACACAUUCUCUUACUAUCUGGAAUGGAGACAAAAAAAUAUUAAUUUCUCUCUUUUUUAAUAAGGUUAAUGCGGAAAAGAGCUUAAAUUGGAUUAUUCUUCUCUAGAUAGGAGGGUAAAAUUGUGAAAGAAGAGGGAAUAGGCGUCAUGCCCAGUCAUAAAAGCAAAUAUUAAAAUUGAAAGGAAACCUCCCAAUUUCAACAAUCCAAAAUACGGGUCAAGAAUUGACGACGACGAUCCAUUUAACACAUGUCGUGUGUUUUUCAGACCCAGGUUGUGAUGAGCUGGAUUGUAAAUAUUACUCGUAUUGUUUGGUGCCGCCAUCUGGAAUAGCCACGUGCACCUGUCCUGAUCCAAAUGCCUGCGGUGAUUCCAAGAACCGAGUGUGUGGCACGGACGGGCUGUCGUACGAUAACAUCUGUCAGCUGACUGCAGCUGCUUGUGAGAGGUACCAUGAGGUUAGAGUACGGCAUGGUGGACUGUGUAUACGUAAGUUGCGUUCUAUAAAACAAGUUAAAUUAUGUACGUGUUUUGAUGGUUCUUACUUAUGAUCUGUUGAAGGACAGAUGCAUAAGUGAUGUCACCGUGAACAGCUUUUUGCUUCUUUAUAUUAUUAAAAAAGUAGAUUCUUUGUUGCCCUGGGUCUGAUCAGUAAUAGAUGACAAUAGACAUCAAAAUGUGGUAAUAACAUUAGUAAUAUCUCCUCUCAGCCCCCACAUGUUGACCUCAUCUGUGAGCUAUUACUGAACAGACGCUCGGUAACAUUGACAUGGAAUCUGUUUGAUAUUUUGGCAGCCGAGUUUUGUUUCAGUACAUAGAGGAAGUUUCACAACGGGAUUUGAUCGUCGUGAUUUCACCGUGAUGAUGUGUGAUCACGCAUUUCUGCGAAGUUUGCUGGCCUGCCGGAUAGUCCUUUUUGGAAAAAAAGAAAACACUUCACAUUUACAGUCGCUAUGUCCCCAGCUUCGGGAAUAAAUGAAAACCGCCACUCUGUCAAGGAAACUUGUUCAAUUCUGGGCGCCUUUCUGUAGUGGACCAGCAUACCAUACGGGAGGGGUGGCGAUAAAUUUCAGGGGUGUAGCAAAGGGGGGUGGGGUUAGAUGCCCGUGGAUCCCUCUGUGAAGUGAGAUUAUUAUAUUUAAAGGAUACACUUACAGCCAGGCUUCUUUUUUACUAUCACCUAAGGACUCUUCUCCUCUUUAUCUUUCUCUGUGCACAAUCAAGUUUUGUUCGUAGCCAUGUAGCAAAGAUCGUCAUGUGCAACUGGAAUCAGGAGAUAUUUACGUGAUCGAAAUUUUUACAUUUCAAUGACUGGAGUCAUUUAUGGCGACAUGUUAUACCUGGCUAUUCACACUCAAGUGGACUGAAGAAUUUAGUUUUAUAAUGUGUUUUGUAAUUAAGUCGCUCCCGUUUCAUUAAGUUAUAAAACCUUUUCUCGGAAACUGGAGAUAAAGUAGUCACACUUAGUUCGACAUGAAAAAAAAUUAAAAAAAAAAAUGGCCCUCGGAGGUCUAUCGCAUUUUUAACUUGGCAGCGUACAAACCUGAUGAUUUAAGGGUUGAAAUAUGCGAAUCCGAGGAAUAUACGUGGAAUCAAUGUUGUCUUGCGCUAGACAUUCCAUUUGCCGGUCCUUCUCACCGCGUCGAUACAGACCCGCCGGUACGCAAAAUAGAGCAGCGAUAUGAGCGAACCCUUGCUCCCUUUUGCAAAAUUUUGAAAACUCUUCCUCUAUGUAACCACUUUGACUCUAUUCCCUUACAUCUUCUCAAUUUGGCUUCCAUUGCGCUGAAAACUAGGCCUCCUUCUUGCCAUUAGUUAGCCCGAAACCAGCGUUCGAUUUCGUAAUUCUCACUAACUAAAUUUGUUACGUUUUAUUGAUAUAGAACAACCGGUGGAUCUUGUCUUUGCUCUGGGAGGAGCAGGCUCCAUUACCUUGGACACAUUUCAGAAACAGAAGGGCUUCAUUAAGCAGUUCCUGGACACGUAUGGUACCUCUGCGCCUGGUGUGCACGUAGCCAUCAUUGACUAUUCCACAGGUCGACUGCUGGCCGAGUUCCAAAACUUCGACACAGACGACCUUAAAGACGAGGUCGACAGGCUGCGUUUAACACGAAGAGGACGAGUGCAAAGUGCUUUAGUGGGCGCAAACAACCAGUUGUUUAGAAAUUCUAAGCUGAUAAGAUCUUACGCGAUUAAAGCAUUGAUUAUUUUGACAGGAGAGGGCACGAAUGAAGCAGACGCAACGUUACGUAAUGCUGCGUCACCUUUGAAAAACCAAGGAGUUAGGAUAGUAGCGGUGGCUGUUGGCAAAAACCCCGUGAAAAGGAAGCUGUUGGUCUUUGCUUCUGGAGAAGAAUAUAUUUUUGAUUUCGACGAAAAUAAACAGCUGCCAGCUUUGGUGCCAAAAGUAUAUGAAGUGAUUAUAAAAGGUUAGUUUUAAUGACAGUUUGUAUAAUUCGGUAAUUUUUCGUUGUCCGUUAAUUCCCUUAUCUUGUUACCGAAAACUGCCGCGUAAAAGCCUCCCCCAGACUAAGGGCCAAUCUACCCGUAAUCUUAAAAAAGACAUCCGAUUAUAAGCACCCCCCUCCUCUCUUUAAGAAAUUAGAACUCUGCUGUUAACACUUCAACUCCCAAGAACUCAUUAGUAAUUCUCUUUACUGUUUGACAUACAAUUCUUACGAUGUAAAUUUGGAGAAUUUGGUAUUGAAUCAACUAAUGAUAUUUUACUUUAUUCUCUUCACUUCUAUGCUUGAUAUUGUGUUGAUAUCGUAAAGAGAAAUUCUCUUGGUCACUCAUGGAGGAUAAAGGGUUUAUUAGACAUUAAAAUUUUGAUCAUUGGAGAGCAAAGAUAAAGUUCAAGAGAAAAGUCGGAAAUUCCGUUUUGUUAUGUUCCAGUUUUGUUCUUGUUGUUAGUUUUAAUUCCGUUCCAAAUGCGUGAAAUGAAUUCGAUAUUUAAUGAAGUUUAAUUAAGAACCAGUGAAAUUAAAAACGUAUUUUGAUCAGCAUUGCCAUUACUCGACUCGGAGCACUUUUUCUAUUCCGCUAAUAAUGCUCCUUGGAUAUAAGCCCCCUCGGAUAUAAGCCUCCUCGGAUAUAAGCCCUCCUUAAACCUCUUGCGAAGUUGUAUAGGCCGAGGGCCUUUAAGCGGCAGUUUACGGUGUGUUGACCAAGAAACCACUGUGGUGAAAUCUGACUGCACUGACGUUACGCUUGUCCGUGUCUUUCUGUAGAUCCGUGCGAGAAUAAGGUAUGUGAGCACUAUGCCCAGUGCGUCUCUUAUGCCGAUGGCAGCACCCAAUGCGCUUGUGAUGAGAAAUGUGCCAAAAUUGAAGAUCCCGUAUGUGGAACCGAUGGUCGGGAUUAUGCUAAUGAGUGUGUUCUGAAGGCGACAGCAUGUCGAGAGAGCAGAGAUGUGGAAGUAGCAGACAAGAAACCUUGCGGAGGUGAACACAAGUACCUUCGAUUUUUUAUUCGUAAUUUUUAGUAAUGGUUUAGUGCCAUCCUUCUACACCUCUAACCCUUAAGUGCAAAUCAUCCAUAUCUCCCGCGUACCUUUAAUCCCCUGAUAUCUCAAACUCCCCUAAUAUCUAAAGCUUUUCCACUCGUAUCGCGAAUCCUCCAACACCUUGAACCACAGUUAUCAUGAACCUUUCGUUUCUCGAACUCCCUUGUCUGUCACGGUCCCCCGUAUCCUGAACCUUCCGCCAUCUCGAACCCAGAGUAUUGCUGCGACCUAGUUUUAUGAUGAACCUUCAGUAUUGUGGGAUCGCUCAGUGAGUGAAAUAUGCCUGUAAGGGAAAGUGUUCCAUUUUCCAAUUCAGUUUUAACAUGUGAACUGACAACCCUACGUGUGUUUGACAUCGCCAAUCAGAUGCUGACAUGUCACUCGCCUUUCACGCUUCUCUCAUUAAGACAGUCGAUUUCUCUUAUCAGUAAAAAACUAAGGAGUGUACAUAAACAAAACAAUACAUGGUUGCUUGUAGAUAUGAAAUUUCUUUUCUUGCUAUCAACUCGAUUUAUCACUCGUUCGCUGCACUCACUCGGGAAAUAAUGAGUUGAAUACGAAAAGAUAAAUGUCUUAUCUACAAGCAGCCAUUUAUUAUUCUCUAUUUCUCUUUAUCUAGUGGAGAGUCCAACGGGAAUAUUUAAACAAUAACUUACGAUGCUUUCAUCUUUCUUUUAAGCCUGUUUUCACGCGAUGGACAUUGGUGUAGUUUUGGAUUCAUCUCGAAGCGUUGGUUGGGAAAAUUACGAGACCCUUAAACGCUCCCUUGCCAAGCUUAUCGACUACUUCCACGUUUCUAAAGACGGCACCCACUUCGGCUUUCUUCACUAUAAUCAAGACGCCAUAUUGGACUUUGAUUUUGCCAAUUCUGCCUCGCAAAACCCACAGGCGCUAAAGGAGAAGAUUUUGGAAAUUAAUUACGACCCUGGGCGUACACGCACAGACAAAGCGAUUAAAAUGGCAAACGAGAGACUAUUUACUGAAGAAGGCGGAGCGAGAGAGGGUGUGCCGAAGUUGUUGAUUGUACUCACAGAUGGAAAAACCAGCGAUGACUCAGCUCCCUACUCGACAGUUUUGGCUCCUCUAAAGGUCCGGUGAAUUUGUAGCUAAAAGAGCUUUGUGAUUUCGAACAGAGAAACCAAAACAAAAAAGCUACUAUUAGAGCAAUUUAAAUUGAUUUUCAAAAGUAAUCCCAGAUUGCAUUGGUUUUCCUCCACUUCGCUUUGUGAUUGGUUUAGAAAACUCGCGCCCCUCUCUACCAAUGAGAUGCAAAACCAAAACCGAUCACGACUUGAUCAUCGGACGUAUCCCCGCGCUUUAGUCAGUUUGGUUGUUUUUACUUUGAGUCCUCACUGGCUCUUAAAGGUAUUUUCCUUGCUCUGAUAAGCGGUUGUGACUACUUUGGUUUUUGUAACUGCGCUUACUUUUUUUUCUCUCAACUUAACCGAGAGUUUUCAUCCUUCUUUUGAAAGUUUUGACUGCUGUCAGCUAUCUUUUUCAAAACUAAAUAUAUCAUCAUAAGGUGUUAAGUGUGAUAUUGAAGUCAUAGGAUUAAAGCGUGGAGAGUCUUGUCAUUCAAGCGCGCAAAGUAGCUGUGUUAAGAUGGUUCUCAACUCAACUCGAUUCAUUUCCUUUCGCUCAACUCUUCAUUUGAUCUUGCUUUCCUCUUGAUAAGCAGAAAAUACAUUUGAUAAGCUUGAAAUAAAUUCCACAUCCAGAGUAUUAACUUCUGAAAACGUCUCGACCAGUAGAAAAAUCACAACGGGAUCAAAAGUCUAUCGAUCGCAGGUUUAUCAGACCCUGGUUUAUCUUGCGACUGGCUCGCGCUAAGACUAGGUAACAAUAAAGAGAUAGUCCGUAUGGAUGCUUUAACCUCUAAGGGUAACUACCAUCUAAUUUCUCCUUAAAUAUUAUAUCACCCCUGAAUCAAAAAUUAAGGUCACAAGAACAGAGGAAAUAAUCACCAACUAAAGAAGCUCUUGAUUGUUAGACAAAUUCUCCUUGUCAGCAGCUUAGUGAAUGUAUGGAGAACAGUAUGGAGAACAUACAUACUGAUAUUGGGGUGUAGAGGGAUUAAGUCACUGAAUAGGAGUGUUAUUUCCAUUGCAGACUAAAGGAGUGCAAGUUCUGGCUGUUGGCGUAGGAGCUGGGGCUGAUGAAAGUGAACUGAAAACUAUUGCCAUGGGGAAUUCUGAAAAUGUCCUUAAGAUGGGAUCAUUUGGACAGCUUGCAAGAAGUUUGAGAACAGUAACCAAGAAUUUGUGUCAAGGUAUGGAUGAAUCUUGUUUGAAAGAGUUAGUUGGAUGUAACGCAAUAGGCACUCAGAAAUUUUGAACGACCGCAACAACAAAAGCAGCAUCGAAACUGAACAUUACUACCAUAACUACGGUAACAGUGAAGACAAAGAUACCAAAAUAAAAAGAAACGAAUUAUAAACCAGAAAUCGAGCCCAAACAAAGGAAAAAGGCUUUGGUUACUGAUGUUUUUAAAGGUUUGUUACUGAGUACACUUCAAACUGGAUUUACUCCUGGUUUCCGAAAAGUUUUUGUCCGUAGCUGGUUAGACAUUCUUUGAAAGCCAUUGCAGUUCUGAGAUGCUUCUGUUUAAACAAGUGUAACUGUGAAGCUUUUUUUAAUUUUUCCAAAAAAAAAAAAAGUAGUUUUCCUGUAGCCUCGUUUUGAAAGAGUCAGUUUUUAUGGAACUUCAAAGUGUCCUGUUCGACCAGUAAUUAAGGUUAUCUUCGAAAUCACGUGUCCUAGUGUAGACUACAUGCAGUCGCCUUUUAUUUUUGGCAAAGUCUGUCGGGGGAGAAAAAAAAAUAGAAUCAGUGCCGCGCAGAACUCUGGGAGUGAGGUACCUCACUCCGAGAGUUGAGUGCGAUGCGCUAAGAUAAUACUUUUUUCGGCUAAUUUUUUUUUAAUCGCUCGACGGAAUUCGCCGAAAAGGAUGGACUACUUGUAGUCUAGGCCUAUAAGUGUUUCAACAACGACCACAAACACACUUAUUAAUGUCGCUUGUCUAAAUCUGCCUAGGCAUUGAACCACUGAACUUGGUGUUUGCUAUCAAUGCAAACGGACAAAAUUCUAAGAAUUACUUUGGCCGCAUGACCGACACAAUCAACUCAAUCAUCGACUCUUACGGACAGCAAAAAAUCAGAUAUGGUCUUAUUGUCUACGGCAGUAAGGCGGUGCCACGAAUCCAAUUGACAGAGAUAUUUAGUAGCGACGAGCAACUAAAAAUCUUCGUGGAAAUGGUACAGCGGAGUCGAGGCGGAGCGGACUUAGCAGCCGCUCUUGAGAGUGCAAAGGUGAUGUUCAGCGGUGAGAUACCGGAGCGUCGCAAUGUGUUGGUGAUUCUGACCGAUAGCAAAGCGACAGGGGACAGGGCCAAAAUUCAACCCCUUGCGGAUGAGUUACAUGAGAUGCGUGUCAAGGUUAUAACCGUUGCCAUGGGUGAGGAGUCAGAUAGGAGUGAAUUACGGCCUUUAUCUCCCAUGAAAGAUAACAGUGUUAAGGAGGACCCCAAAGAGAGUCCUAAACAACUUGGUGACAGGAUCAUGAGAGAAGCUAUCAAAGGUGAGCAACUUGCCUAAGGAAGUUUUGCGAUGUUUAAAGUUACUCUCCAUCUAUCUUCGGGGGUAGACUUUUCUCAAUGUAUCCCUUAAGGUAAGGAUUAAACCAAGUUACUGCGGCAGUUUCUCCAAUGAGAUGUGGGGAAGGGUGGGGGGGGAUCUUCAAAAAGGUUUGCAGUGGAAUUGCCCUGUGCUUUUGCUCGGUUUGCCUUACUACUCUGCUUGUUUUGUUUUCCCCCACCUACCCCACUCCCCCCUUCCACCCCACAAUUUAGGUUAGUAAUUAUUCCCUACACCAAUUUGUUGGAGUUGUGUUGACAGGUGCCUGGAGGUGAGCUUUGUCUGGGUUGCCAUGGUCACCCCCUCGCUGCAGAGGAGAUCACUGCCUUCCUCUAUAUGGGCAUAGGGUACCCACCCUCCUCUUUUAUUGAUGGAUGUUGUAAUUAUCUCUUUCCUGAGGAACUUGACUGUUUCCUGGGGGGUUGAGAUAGCAGGACGCCUUUCUAGUUUUACCUUGCAAAAUGAAUUUUCUAUUGUGUUUUAAUUUUAAUCAGAAAUGAAGUAUGUGCCUGUGGUGGACCUUGGCUUCGCUCUGAGUGUCUCUUCUUCAGAUGCCAAUAAGAACUUUGAAAAGAUGAAUUCUGUCAUCAAUGCUAUUAUCGACCAGUACAGCGUCAUCCGGAUCAGAUAUGCGGUCGAAGUGUUCGGUAACGACACAAAAACUGUCCUCGAAUUUCAUCAGAGUUUUACCAAUGGAGAUGAUUUGAAACGACAUCUUGCAACGGUCACCCCUGAGUCCGGUGGAUCACGCUUGGACAUAGGACUCAAGGAGGGGGAAGAACUGUUUGAAUCGGAAGGCACUCGUCCUAAUGCACACAAAGUCCUGGUCGUUUUCACAGACAAAAAAUCGACAGGAGAUGAUCAGGCUGCUCAAACUGCUGCCAAAGAGCUGUUGGAGAAGGGUAUUAAAGUCAUUGCCAUUGGGUUGGGUAGCGAAAGCGACAUUACCGAGCUUAAAUAUAUAGCAACAGAUGUACGCCAUGUUAUCCCGGCCAAGAUCACGGAUGACUCAGAUGAAUUGGGUAUUGAGGUCAUGAAUCUGGCUUUCAAAGGUAAUGUAUCUGGGGUCCAUUGUUUUGGAAAGAACGAACUUUUUAAGGGUGUAAUCAAUUUGGUAAAUUCCUAUUGAGCAUUUUCUUAAAUCAGAAUUGCAGUAAUUUCGUGUUUUUCAUAUUCUGUGUUGAAUGUCUCUUCAAAGAAAUCCCAGAUGUACCCACCUUGGACGUAGCCUUCGCCAUUAGCGCCACAGCCACGGAUGCCGAAACUAACUUCAAACUGACGAAAGACACCAUCACAGCCUUUGCUGAUAUGUACGGCAUGUCAAAGAUUAACUAUGCAGUCGUGGCUUAUGGCGAAAAACCAAAAAAAUGGUUUGAUUUCCAAAGCCAACCAUCUGAUUUUGAUGCUCUUAAGCGGACAGUUGAUGCAGUCACUCGAGAGACAGGGAUAGUGGCAUUGGACAAGAGCUUAGAAGAAGCAAGGAGACUUUUUGAUGCAGCAAGACCGCAGGCUCGUAAGGUAGAAACAAGUGAUACUAAGAGCAGUAUCCAUUCUUGCGGGCUUGUUAUAUUUUAAGGGAACACGCGCGUUAUUUUGGUGGCCGUACAGUAGGCUUACGGGAAUCAGUAUCGAAAAUUCCAGGUCUGACUCUGGAAAGGACUUUUGGCUUGUGGACUUGAAGUAGAUACUUAACUCUCAUAUCACCACACCUAGGAGUGUGAAAGGGCACUCGUGAGUUUUGGGGAAGGGGAGGGAACGUGAAAUACUCCUUGUCGUUGUAGGGAUCAAAAUCUGGUCGAAAGCCACCAAUGGGGAACAGAUUCGCCUCUGCUAAGAUUUGAAGGGACUUACCGAUUCAACUUCAGAAAUAAAAUGUGUUUGCACCCGCGUGAAUGACUUCGUAGACUUAAAAUUACUUGUACUCAAUGAAAUAGUCUUUUUUUAAGGGAUCCGUGAUUGUAAGGGAAGUUCUUGAUGCUUUCUAUUAAAUCGCGAUAAUCUUCCUCUCAUACCCUAUGUUUUAGAAGUCAUACACCGUUCCAGAGACGUGAAUUUAAUACUCUUUGUGCCAUGAAGAGGACGGAAAUGGCAUAGGUUUGUCAGUGACUCAUUAAUUUAUUGUUCCUGUGGAACACGUUAUGAUACUUUAUUGUUUUGUUUUCUGUCAGGUCCUGGUUGUUAUCACGGACAGGAAAUCUGGCUCAAAUGUUGGUGACGUCAGGACAGCAGCCAAGCUCCUGGAGCAUGCUGGGAUAACGGUGAUUCCGGUGGCGAUCGGUACAGAGGCCGAUACGAAAGAAUUGGAAAUUAUAACUCCUGACAAAGAGACCAUCAUACAACCCAAAGAUGGAACUUCGGCGACUGAAUUGGCCAGGAUGAUCAUGGAGAUGAUUCGCACAGGUAUCAGGAGAUUAAAUGAUAAAUUAUAAAUAAGAAAGCUUUCAAUUUAUUUCAUUUCCCCCUUGCAGUUUUCUACCUUGCAGUAGAAACGGAUUUGGGAGGAGAGAGUGUUGCGUUUAAUUUUACACAAAGGCUGUGACUUAGGUGACAUAGACUAUUACCUUCCUGAAUUACACUCGAAACAGUUGAAAAUUCCUUUAUUGUCUAGAAACUACAUUGAUCCAAUUGCUUUUCAUGGCUCGGGUGUGCCUUAGAAGUUUGACAAUGACGGAACCAUAAACCCUCUCCCUCCUCCUCUUAAUAUUUCUGGCUUUAUCCAUCUGAGGACUUCAUUUCAAAGCAUACAUUCAGAUCAUAAUUAUCAAGUCAAACUAUGGUUCAUGUCGAUAUUUCCAUUGUUUAGUUCAAGCUAUCCCUGAGAUUGAUCUUGGUUUCGCGUUGAGUGCAGCCAGUACACUUUAUAACGAAACAUUUCAGCUAAUGAAGGAUGUGAUAAACUACAUCAUCGUCACCUAUGGCACCCAGAAAAUACACUACAGUGUCAUUGUGUACAGUGAAACUGCAUCGAUAGAAAUUAAAUUUGGGCAGACACCUCCGUCACCACAGCAACUCAAGACAGUUGUAGAAAACCUCGAUAUUGGCACGGGGACACCAGACUUGGCAGCCGCGCUGAGGAAAGCAGCAGAAAUGUUUGAUGAUUAUGAAAGGAGACCCUUAACCCGUAAAGUUCUUGUGAUCAUGGCAGAUAGUAGUUCUGGGUCUACUGUGGAUGACGUUAAAACAGCAGCCAAGCCUCUUGUGGAUACGGACGUUUUGGUUAUACCUGUUGUGGUCGGUGAAGAAGGAGACCCUGAUGAGCUCGUUAACACGACACCUGACAAGACGAAUGUUAUUGAGACUGGAAAAGAAACGGAUCCUGAGGUGGUAGGAGAGAAGAUUAUGGACAAGAUUCGAGGUAGAAAAAGGAAUUAAUUAUCCCCUUCUCUCCCCGCCACCCCCUUCUCUCCCCACCAACCCCUUCUCUCCCCACCAACCCCCUUCUCUCCCCGCCACCCCCUUCUCCCCCCGCCACACCCUUCUCUCCCCGUCACCCCCUUCCCCCCAAAAUGAAAAAAAGUGGCUAUGAACUCCUCUGUCCCCGAAAUGUGAAAACUAAUUCGCCAAACUGCUGACAAAGCAUCUCUUUGUCGGUCAGUAACUGAGAGUUUUCUGAGUUUUAUCGACUGAAAAGAUUAUCAGUAGUGUUAUUGAAGGAAUUACACUGGUUAACGGCGAAGCGGUGUAUGUGUGAGUGUGUAUGAGUGUUUAUGAGUUUUUUGAAAGGGGGAAGGCUUAAGUCUUCCCACACCAAACUUUGUUGGAAUUCGAUAAUAGGUACGAUGAAUACUGAGUGAACGAACUACACCAGAAGCAUUUUGGUUCAUUUUGUGCAGUGGCCGGUAUGGGCUUGGCCCCCACCCCCUCCUCACAGCCCGCAACUUAAUAGGGAUUUUACUGUAUCUAGAGAGACGUAUUAACUGAAGUGCUUUUAUUGGCCUUUCUGAAGGAAAAAUUUAUGAAUUGUCUCUUUCAGAUGGACCUUCAGUCUCAGAAGUUGACCUCGCCUUCGCCAUUAGCGCCACCGCAACAGAUGCAGAUGAGACAUUCAGCCGCAUUAAAGAAACAACAAAGUAUAUUGUGAAUAAAUAUGGAACAGACAAGAUUCAUCAUGGUCUGUUGGUGUUUGGCAAUGUACCCAACCGUGUUAGGGACUUCAGGCGAGACGCGUUCACUCGAGAAGAAAUGAUACGACUUUUGGAUUCUGUACCAAGAAGUUCAACAGGUGACAUGUUAAAAAUGACACUCUGUUAUGAAGAUUCAUUGAUAUGGUGAAUCCUAGACAUCUUGAAUGCUCCAGUGUCUUGAGCCACUAGUAUCUCGAACUUUCGGUAUUUUGAACCCCCUGGUAUCUCAAAUUCCGGUAUAUUAAACUCCCUGGGAUCUCGAUCUCCCAGUAUUUUUGACCCCUAGGAUCUUGCACUCCCGGUAUUUUGAACCCCUUAGGAUCUCGACCUUCCGGUAUUUGAACCCCCUGAGAUCUCGAACUCUCGGUGCUUUGAACCCCCGUGGAUCUCGAACUCCUGCUAUUUUAAGCCCUUUGAGGUCUCGAUCACGAUUAAUUUUGAACCUCCCAUCCCCGCCAAUUGUAGCUGAAUCCUCCGCUUUUUUCAAACUCCCCGGUAUGUUAAGCUUUUGACCUCUCUGGGGUAUCAUUAAUAUAUCAAAGAAAUAAAGUGAAUCAAGAUUUCAGUCUUCAAUAUCCUUUACAUCAACGGGAAAAAAAAUUGUCACAACACUUCAAAAUCACAAGAAUUCCUUUCAGAUAAAUUUAGCAGACUUGAGUAAGAUUUGAGAUAAACAAACUGUAUUUCCAUUUUAAAUAACGUUCUUCGUGAUGAUAGCGUGGUACUAAAAAAUUCCACACGAUUUCAAUCAACGAAACACUUCUACUGUGUUUUUUUUUCCUUCGGUGGUUUGUCUCUUAUUUUGCAUUCACGCAUUUUAAAGGUAUAUUUUUCGUAUCUCUACUUAGGACCUGACCUUCAGAAAGCUUUAGAAGAAUCAGUGAAGUUAUUCGAAGGACCUGGAGCUCGACCAACUGCUCGGAAAAUUCUGGUCGUGAUAAUGGAUAAGAGGUCUGGUGUCGACGAAAUAAAACUGGGCGAGAUUUCGAAUACUUUGUAUCUGCGGUUUAUUGAUGUUAUUCCUGUUGCUAUCGGAAAGGAGGCUGACAAGAGAGAAUUGACGUUGAUUACAUCAGAUAAAAAUAGUCUGAUUGAAGCUCCAAAAGUAUUUAAACCAGAUGAACUUGGAGAAGCAAUAAUGUGGAAGAUCUUUAAAGGUAUGCCAAGGCAUGUUUGGGUUUUGACCCAAACAGUCACGUGGAUGUUAGAUGAGAAUUCGAUCAAAUUUUUUUUUCUCGUUUGUGCAAGUGAGAAUAUGGGCUAUUUUUUUUGGGAAUUCACUCAGUAUUUCGAUUAAAACAGAGUGGAAUUUUUUUGUGAAUGAGCCUUUUUCACAAUUUUGCCCUCGAACACUGUUUGAAGGCCACUUAGCACUCUCUAAAAAUUUAAAUAAUUGUGAUGUUUAAUUUUGACGGUCAGCGGUUAUGGGUGGCAGCGACUUCAUUUCUGUGGUAGUAAGAUUUCCUAACACUAUCAAAACACUCAGUGCAUAUGAACCUAAUACAUAGCCGAGCGCACCAAUGAGUUCUCUUAAGCUCAGCGGUGAAGCUUGUGAAAAAGAGUUUGUUCUCGAGCCCAGAGGCCUACCCAGACAAGGCUUAUCCGGUUUCCUUAGCAUGAAGGGACUAUGAAUAUCACCACUCUCCCCUAGCUGGGAUGUUUGUCUAUCACACCAGUACCAAUUUAUACUUAAGGGUGGAGAUUUUGAGGCACAUUCACCGGGCCAGGUCUCAUACCCAGACCUCUAGAGGUGGAGUCUUUAGGCCACCGUGUAUCUCUGUGAAACAAACAAACAAACAAACAGAAAAAAAAACAGCAUUUAUCAGAAUUUUUUUGUAUUUCAGUACGCAUUCUACCGGACGUGGACAUGAUUUUGGCUGUGAGCGCCACCGCAAGUAACGUAGCGCAAACUUUGCGCACGAUGAAAGACACCCUGAAGUAUGUGCUUAAUGUUUAUGGGGUGGGAAGCAUUCGAUAUGCUAUGCUGUCAUUCGGUACAGAUGCUACUGUUAUGGAAAGAUUCAACAGAAAGGACCCAUCUGCUGAGGAUCUUUUGCAACUCGUGCAAAGUUUGCCCGCAAGUCAAGGGCUUCCUGCUUUUGAGCGAGCUCUGAGUGCGGCCAAGAACAUUUUUGAAGGGGCGAAUGUCCGGCCAAAUGCUAUGAAGGUAACAACGAGUGUUUCGUAUGCCUCAUUGUGAUCUUACUUUGACCCCUAAAAGUGACCAGCAUCUAAUUUCUCCUUGCAUUAUUACCGCUGAAUUAAGGUAACGAGAAUAAAGGAAAUGAUCACCAACUCAAGAAGCUCUUGAUUGUUGAGCAAAUUCUCCCUGUCAGCACUAAAGGAAAUUUAUGAAGAAGGGUAUGGGGAAUAUGGAUACUGAUGUUAGGGUGUAAAGGAUUAAGAAGCUUGCAGCUCUCAUAAAUCUUCAUUGUAAAAAUUUUUUUCCUCGGAAGUUCGCUUUUUGUGCGAAUGUUUUUAAACCAAAACCAAAGGAAUUUCAAUGACAAGUUAGUGAAAAAGACCGCCAUACCUUUGCGGAAAGCGAAUGACGAGGUUACGAUCAAUUUAAGGUUUGCAUCAAAAUGAUUGAGAAGUUGACUCGAGUUUUGAAAGAGAGUCACGUAGCGCAAUGAAAUCAUCCAUCAGAAAGCGUUCCUUCAGACUUGGCGUGACCUCAAGCGUGACACAAGAGCAUUACUGAAAGCGUGACAUAAUGUAUUUUUUUCCGCCGAUUGACUCCCUCUCUUUUUUUUUUCAGGUUGUUGUGGUGAUCACUGAUGGUCGUUCCGGGUCCACAGAUGAACAGCUCAGGACAGCAGCCAUACCAUUAGAAGAUAAAGGCAUUCACGUUAUUGCUGUUGGUAUUGGAAGUGUGCCGGACUCCAAACAACUGGAGGAAAUUACUCAGAGGAAGGGAGAUGUAAUUACAGGACCCUCCGAUUCCAAUCCAGCCUCUUUAGGGAACAGAAUCAUGGAAAAAGCUUUUGAACGUGAGAAAAUGACACUUAUUUGAUGUUGCAUGAGAUAAGACUUCUCACAAAUACUGCUUGAAAUGAUUGUGAUCAGAUUCCCCUGCAAGAUACAAAGUACCUUGCGCAAUUGCCAACACAGCGGUCAAACGUCGGGCAUGCGCUAGGGCAUCAAUGCAGGGUGGCGGCAUGCCAAUUUCCCGCGCGAAUUUUCAAAGGAAAACAUAACAAGCAAUCGCCGUCUUGCAAAAUAAACGAAAAACGAUUGAAACGUUCAUAGAAAUCUUUGCAAGGAAAGAGAAACAGGGAAAAGGAAAACUCGAAACUUUCUUAACACAAAGCUUAUGGAAGUAUGGGUAUCCUGUUGAUUUACCAUUCUAGUUUGAGCUUUACCGAAAACGUUCUAAGCUUUUAAAACAACGUGACUUGUUGGCUUUUGUGGUUGUUUGUAAUAACUUGUGUGAGACAACUUGGUUCAGACAGCUUGAAAGCGUGCCACCUAGUCAUUGCAACAAUAGUACAUGCGCAGACGUUUGAGCGCUGUGAUAUAAUUACCUCACUUCUGCCAUGUGGGUUCGGAACUCAGUCGGUAGUGGCACCCAACUGAAUACUGGGAUGCACAGGUUCGAAUCCCGUCGAAGCCUGCAUAUUUUUAGUCUUACCAGCGGGACCCUGGGUAUGUGAGUGGAAGAUAUUAAGUCUACUAGCUCUGAAAUUAGUUUCUUUGUUUGCUUUUGGCUUUCUUCUCCACAUUAGCUAGUUCAAACUGUAUAUUAUACUUUACACGCGAAUAAUGAUGUUUCCGCUGCGCUUCCAUUUAUGCAUGAGCCUGAUUUUUUCGUCUUUAUUUAUUUAGCUGUGUCGGUGCCUAUACAAGACAUCGAUCUUGUGUUUGCCAUGUGUCCAGUAUCUUCAACUUCAGACGAGACUUUUAAACUCAUGAAGGAUGCCGUUAAAUCCUUGGUGGACAAGUAUGGAACUUCUAAAAUCCACUACGGUAUUAUCCUCUAUGGACGAUCAGCCGAAAGGCUAUUGGAAUUUUCCAACAAGAUGGUGCCUGAAGCUGAAGUGAAACAGUAUAUUGAUAAUCUGCCCAAACCGAAAGGUAAUAUUCUUAAAGUUUGAUAAAAUAACUUAGACCCUACGCGCGCUCUGAUUAGCAAUCUAGGUGACACUAUGGUAAACUCUACAGUACAGAAUAUAUACUGUACAAUAUUCUGUACAGUAAACUGUACAGAAUAUUUAAAACUAUUCACCGAAGUGAAGGUGGCUAGUGGUGGAUAUUAUGAUAAUAAGCCUUCAACACCAUCCACUGUUUUAUUAUAUACUAAAAUCGUUUAUUUCGUCGGGUCAAAUCUAAGGUUGCAAAAUAGACUUGAUAUGUAAUUCUUACCCUCCUAAAAAAAUGAGUGUGACUUUUUUUUUUAUUGAAAUAUCCUUUGCAGGCGUUCCUCCACUCGCACUCGUCAAAGCUCUGAACGACACCAAAAAGAUGUUUGACGGAGUAGGCGCACGGAAGGAUGCCAAAAAGGUUCUUGUCGUGUUCACAGACAAGAGUUCGGGUGCUGAAGAAAGUGCGCUAAGGUCUUCUGCUACUGUUCUAGAAAACGAAGAAGUGGAGAUUAUCGCUGUAUCCAUUGGAGUGGAAGCUGAUGCGAAGGAGUUAGCUUACAUUACACCACAUACUGGGAAUAUUAUAGAUUCACCAACUGAUGAAAAUCCUGACAAGCUUUCCGCAGAAAUCCUAAGGCUCAUCCUCACAGGUUAGUUUUGUAUUAUAAUUUUUAAUGAAAUAAAAACAUCAUUUCACCUGCGGCUGAAAAUCAAGUAAAACAAUGUUUCUCGAGGGUGAGCUGCAAUGUUGGGAAUUGUAGGCAAGAAGCUUGAAAAAAUUCAGGGUUCGGGGAGAUUAAACCCGCGCCUCCGAGAUAGCAAGGGGGACAGGUUGAUAAUUUUUUUAUUGUUGAACUUUUCCCUAAGAACACAUAAGACUUAACGUAUCAGGUGACUAAAUUCAAAGGUAUCACAACGGCUAAUAAGAAGCAGGGUGAAUAUCAAGUGCCAAUGAGAAUUCAUACGCGUAAGUUUCUAAAGGCACAGAAAAGGUGUGAGUAACAAUUUUGCAGUGGGAUUUAGCUUUGAAUGUGAAUGGCUGAGAGAAUUUGGUUUCAUCAAAUGUGUUGAUGAUGUUAAUUUACCACCGUAAAGAGUUUUCAAAGGCACAGGAAAAGUGCGAGUAACCAUUUUGCAGUGGGAUUUAGCUUCGAAUGUGAAUGGUUGAGAGAAUUUGGUUUUAUCAAAUGCGUUGAUGAUGUAAAUUUACCGCAGUAAAGAGUUUUCAAAGGCAUAGGAAAAGUGUGAGUAACCAUUUUGCAGUAGAAUUAAGGUACAAAUCAGAAUGGUUGAGAGAAUUUGGCUUUAUCAACUGUGUUUAUGAUGUAAAUUUGCCCCAGUAAAGAGUUUCGAAAGCUGAUAUUUGGAGCACGAAGGUCUAAUGCUCGAAAGUUCAGCUCUAGAAGCUUUUUACGGUUUCCAAUUAACAUUAUCAACUCAGUUUAUAAAACCAAAUGAUCUCGAUCUACCACCUACAACGACGCAACAUUACCAUUUUUUAGAAACUGCGAGACUGGUGACAGAGUUUGAUAAACCAAAUCCACCGCAGUACCGAAAUACUUUGGAAACUAAAAAUUUUUCUUAGUGUCGUUGGAAACCUUUCUUAUGAAUCCGUCCUCGAAAUGUUUACAAGAUCGUAA